UCAUUUGCUACAAAGUCACAAACAAACACAAUCCGUCAAUUAUCAGAAUCGUUGAAUAGCCAUCCAACGGCUGACGUUACAAGUUUAUGAUUGUGAUAAAUCAAUAUAAACCAUUAGAUUCAAUUAUUCUUUUUUUUGGUAUUUUUUGAUUUCUAACCACAACAUUCACCUUUUCACUUUCUCUAUAUAUUACUCAAUUUCAAUCCUUGAGUACACAAUUUCAACUUCCAACAAGGUAGUAGCAAUGGAAAAAACACUGCUCUUGAAAUUGUUCACUCUUUUAACACUUUUACUAUGUUGUUCAGUUACAUCAUCAUCAUCAUCAUCAGUUAAAGACAAUCUUAUAAAUGUGUCUAAGUUGAAGAUGUUUGUUGAUGAGCUUCCCAAUAUACCAAGAAUUCUUGGCUACAAGGUUGUUAAUGGCGUUCCCAAAUCAAAGUCUCUUAAGAUUGGGAUGUUCAAGAAGAAAUGGAAAUUCCACAGGGAUCUACCACCAACAACGGUUUAUGCUUAUGGAUUAAACAAGCACACAGCAACGGUCCCUGGUCCAACAAUAGAAGCCCUCUAUAAAAUCAGCACCAAAGUGACGUGGCAAAAUCACCUCCCUCCAAAUCACAUCCUCCCAUGGGACCCAACAAUCCCCACAUCAUUAACCAAUUCAACAAAAGGCAUCCCCACCGUAGUCCAUCUCCACGGUGGAAUCCAUGAACCAUUAAGCGAUGGAAACCCAAACUCAUGGUUCACCUCUAGAUUCAAAAUCAAGGGACCCACUUGGACUAAAAAAACCUAUCAUUAUCCUAAUAAUCAACACCCUGGAAAUCUUUGGUACCAUGAUCAUGCUAUGGGGUUGACCAGGGUCAACCUUCUCGCUGGCUUAAUCGGGUCUUACAUCAUUCGUGAUCCUAAAAUCGAAUCUCCAUUAGGUUUACCUCACGGUAAUGAAUUCGAUCUACCGUUGAUGCUCUUUGAUCGUAGCUUUAAAACGGACGGUUCAAUUUUCAUGAAUUCAACUGGUAACAACCCUUCGAUUCAUCCACAGUGGCAACCAGAAUAUUUCGGUGACGCGAUUAUUGUUAACGGAAAAGCUUGGCCUCGAUUAAUUGUACGACGUCGUAAGUAUAGAUUUCGUAUAAUCAACGCGAGUAAUGCUAGAUUUUUUAGACUGUUUUUUACAAACGGUUUAAGAUUUGUACACGUGGCGUCUGAUUCGGCAUACAUUGGUAAACCAGUUGUGAGUAAUGAAACUUUUGUGGGGCCAUCUGAGAUCACAGAUGUUAUUGUUGAUUUUUCUAAAUCUAGGAGUAAAGUAGCUAUUUUACGCAACAAUGCAGCUUAUCCUUACCCAUCCGGUGAUCCGGUUGAUGAGUUUAGUGGUAGAGUUAUGAAGUUUGUUAUUUUACCGGAUAAGGAAGUUGACACGUCACGAAUACCGGAAAAGCUAGUGGAGUAUCCGGUUGUUGAUUUAUCUAGUGUGACGCAGACACGGUACAUUGCUAUGUAUGAGUAUACUAGUGAUAUUGAUGAACCAACUCAUUUGUAUUUGAAUGGAAAGCCUUAUGAAGCACCGGUUACUGAAACUCCGAAAGAGGGGUCCAAUGAGGUUUGGUAUGUGAUUAACUUAACGGAUGAUAAUCAUCCGUUACAUAUUCAUUUGGGUUUGUUUAAGGUUUUGGAUCAGACGGAGCUGGUUAAAUCUGAUGAAUUUAAGGAUUGUAUGAAGAAAAUCAAUGAUGCUGUUAAGUGCCACGUGGAGGAACAUGCACGUGGGAAGAAAGUAUUGGUGCCUGAAUAUGAAAAAGGUUGGAAGAAUGUGUUUAAGAUGAGACCUGGGUUUGUGACAAAGAUUGUUGUGAGGUUUGGUUACAUACACACCAAUACAUCGUAUGGGUUUGAUGCAACUUCGGAAUCUGGUUACGUGUAUCAUUGUCAUAUAUUGGACCAUGAAGACAAUGCUAUGAUGAGGCCCUUGAAGAUCAUCAAGUGAAGAUUUGCCGGAGCCAACAAUGGUAACAUGUGCGUAUAGGAAUAUGACAUACAUGAUGUGGUAAUUAUGUAGUUACUUUCUUGUAAGCACUUAGAAGCUAUAGACAUUUUAUAAUAGGUGGUGAUUUACAUCAAAAUAAGUAAAUACAUACACAGGAAAAUGUAUGAUGAUUUUUAGCCUUCUAAAGUAUUGCACUUCCUUAAUCCAUAAACAAAAUUUCACAUUCAUCUAAAUAGUCGUUAAAGAUGAUAUUUUAUUGUGAAAUUUGGUGAAAUAUAUUUUAUAUGGUAAAUGUUAACGAGUGUCCUUGAAACACUCUUUAAGAUCAA